CAGUCUAUCUCCCAUUGGCUGACAACCGACUAAUACUCUGUUGUUCAGUACAAAUUGAAGGAAAUCACACCGACAAUAAAUUACAGACAGAUAAUCAAUAAUUUGAUCCAAAAUAUUCUUUUAUCAAGCUACAUUUGCAACAGUUGAAUGCGAGGGGACCUUAAGCGCACGGAGGUUGGAUUUCUACUCAACCAUGCUAGCACUGUUAGCUAACUAGCAAGCGUCUCGUCGCCUCCUCUUCAUGGGUUUCUGCUGCUGAGUCUGCCAGGCUUGUGCUGGAGGCAGCGAGGCUGACAAAUUAAUGCCAUCGGCCAGGAACUCAGGUCAUAUUAUGAGUGGGGCAAGUUGCAAGGCUAACGGCGCUGUGUACCCCGCCUCAUCAGCAAUGAUGAACUCUGUGAAGAAGCCGAAGAUGGAGCAGAUUCAGGCCGACCAUGAGCUGUUCCUACAGGCCUUUGAAAAGCCAACUCAGAUAUACAGAUUUCUGCGCACAAGGAACUUGAUUGCACCCAUAUUUUUGCACAGGACGCUGACCUUCAUGUCUCACAGAAAUGGUCGAACAAAUGCUAGAAGGAAAACAUUCAGAGUGGAUGACAUGUUGCAGACAGUAGAGAAGAUGAAGGGAGAGCAGGAUUCCCCAAGUUUGUCUUCACAUCUACAGUUAACCUUCACUGGGUUCUUCCAUAAGGAUGAAAAGCCAUCUCAGAAUUCAGAAAAUGAACAAAAUUCCGUGUCCUUAGAGGUGCUACUUGUCAAAGUCUGCCAUAAAAAACGCAAGGAUGUCAGCUGCCCGAUUAAGCAAGUGCCUACAGGUAAAAAGCAGGUGCCUUUGAAUCCUGACAGUAACCAAACCAAGCCGGGCUCCUACCCUUCCUUACUGGUCUCAAGCAACGAAUUUGAGCCCAGCAACAGCCACAUGGUCAAGUCUUAUUCGCUGCUGUUCAGGGUGUCGCGCACAGGGAGGAGGGAUACUAAUGGUCUGGUCAAUGGAGAGGCCAAUGAGAACAUUGAUGUAACUGAUACUCCUACUAGAAAGAAGAGAAGUUCAUCCCACAGGGAGGAGGGAGAGACCAUGGAGACUUAUGUUGCACAGAUGACUGUCUUUGAUAAGAAUAGGAGAUUGCAGCUGCUGGAUGGGGAGUAUGAAGUUUCAAUGCAAGGCAUGGAGGACAGCCCUGUGAGCAAGAAGCGGGCUACAUGGGAAACCAUUCUUGAUGGAAAGAGACUGCCACCAUUUGAGACAUUUUCUCAGGGACCCACAUUGCAGUUCAUUCUGCGCUGGACAGGUGAUGCUAGCGGAAAAUCCACUGCCCCCGUUGCCAAACCCCUUGCUACUCGCAACUCUGACAGCUCUGGCCCCAUGGAGACUAGGACCAGCAACCACCGAGCUGCCCUCAUGACAGUGAAAGAGUCAGUCAGCACAGACAUUCAGACGAGGAAAGAGCAGGUCCCGUGUGAGCCGCGGCAGAAGCUACGUAUAUUUUAUCAGUUCUUGUACAACAAUAACACACGGCAGCAAACGGAGGCAAGAGAUGAUCUUCACUGUCCCUGGUGUACCCUGAACUGCAGCAAGCUGUAUAGCCUGCUCAAACACCUCAAACUCUCCCACUCCCGCUUCAUCUUCAACUAUGUGCCUCACCCCAAAGGAGCAAGGAUAGAUGUGUCCAUCAAUGAGUGCUAUGAUGGCUCCUAUGUUGGCAACCCUCAGGACAUCCACAGCCAGCCUGGCUUUGCUUUCAGCCGCAACGGCCCAGUCAAGAGGACAGCUGUAACACACAUACUGGUGUGCAGACCUAAGAGGACCAAACCAAGUCUGUCUGAGUUCCUGGAAACUGAGGACGGAGAAUUGGAGCAGCAGAGGACCUAUGUCAGCGGACACAACCGUCUCUACUUCCACAGUGACAGCUGCAUGCCCCUGCGGCCCCAGGAAAUGGAUGUGGAUAGUGAGGACGAGAGAGAUCCAGAGUGGCUCAGAGAGAAGACUGCCACGCAACUGGAUGAGUUCACAGAUGUCAACGAGGGAGAAAAGGAAGUGAUGAAGCUGUGGAACCUGCAUGUCAUGAAGCACGGUUUCAUUGCGGACAACCAGAUGAAUCAGGCCAUCAUGCUUUUCGCUGAGAACCGUGGUGCUCACAUCAUCCGCCGUAACCUCUGCCGCAACUUCCUCCUGCAUCUAGUCAGCAUGCACGACUUCAACCUGGUGAGCACAGCCACCAUUGACCGUGCCAUGGCCCGUCUGCGACAGAUCCAAGAGGAGCUGCCUGACGCUGAGGAGGAGCAGCAGGACCAGACUCUCGUACCAGCAGGAGCCUGCAACGGCAACGCCGUCGCCUCCGCUGGGGGCAAACAGGGCAAGAGGACAAAAAGCGCACUAACAGACUGAUGAAGGGUGGAUGGAUGGAUGGAUGGAUUGUUUAGUUUUUUUGUUUGUUUGUUUUGUUUUUUUUCCUCUCCUCUUCAAUGAACAUUACCAACCGUUUGGUGCUUCGAUAGGUGGGAGAUCUGGUCACUGGAGGAUCUGUCCUGUAGCAGACCAGUGAACAAGGUAAACAAGUUUUUGGAACUUGAGAAUUGAACCAAAUAUGAACAAUAUAAAAGUGAAUCACCCACAUCUACACAAACCAGGAAUUUAAGGACUGGAUGAUGCAAGGUGAACCUACUUAAUAUGCAUUUUGUAGGUGCCACUGAUCUGUCUUUUGGGGUGAGAGUGUGAACAAACUGAGAGUCUUCUGAUGUGGCACGACUGUCUUUGGUAUGUCUUUGUUCCAGACAACUGUACCAAGACUACAGUUAAAACUGUACUGGUAACCUUGUCACUCUUGAAUAUUUGUACACAUACACAAUAACCUUGUUGAAAACGUAUCCUUUUAGCUGAUUAUUUUAGCACUUGGUGUUUGUAUUUAGAAAGCUUACCUUGAAAUUGUCUUUUUGUUUUGUUUUUUCACGCUGCGCCAAAUCUGCAGUGCGGGACUUUUACAUAUAAACAAAAGUCCUUUACAUUCAGGCCCUCACCAAACAAGUCCACACUAAGCUGAUAAAGCCUGUCGCCACCACAUAAAUGUCGCUAUAUUUUGGAAUAACUGGAGUUUAUAAAUUCUGAGUCUGUGGCGACUCUCUCGUUCUGGCACACUGGCGGUGAUGCAUUUUAUGUCAGCCAGUAAAGAUUUGGUUUGCCAGAGCUGUAAGGGGGAGAAACCAUCAAGACAGAGCAGGCUACAGCAACUAUGAGCGUGGCUGUCAGCAUGAAUCGACGGUGUUUGCGUAAUUAUUGUCACUGCCAGGAAGGGGGAGACAGAAGUUCCGCGCUGCAGGUGUAAAUGCAGCUUUCCACUGUCAUCAGUGGAGAAACUUUAGAGGGUUUGAUUUCGCUGUUGUGAAUGACAUUAAAUUCGAAGGGUCACACAGUUAAGAGAACAUUACAGUAAAAAUUUACACUUGGCAUCAUUGUCUGGAGUAUAUAAGGCCUGUAAAGCUUGUGUUAGGGCCCCACAGUGUAUUGUGGGUUUUGCUGGUAGUUUGCCAUGACAGUAGUGUGAAUACUGUAAAGCCUUGGAUCCAGGACAAGAGAGAAUAAAUUCAAACCUCCCACUUCAUCACCCCUAAGCCCUUUAGCCUGCAUUGAUAAUUUCUCAAGGAAAGCCAGGGAACUCAACUUUUCUGAUGAUUUACUUACUUUAACAACCAGCAGUGCGUCACCUCGUGCAUCGUAUAGAGUGCAUAGCAUUGAAGAUAUAAAAGUAUAAGGUAUUCUGAUUAUACUGGCUCCUGUGGUUACUUUUCACAUUGAGGUUUGAACAUGUUAAAUGUUUCUCUUUAAACAUGGGUUGUGAGUUUGAGUAGCUGACUGUCAGAAGUGUGUAUACAUGUAUUCAGAUGUUAGCUGUUCCCUCUUCUGAAUCCAAUAAUUAACAGAUUGCAGUCAUUCUCUAAAAAGCAAUAUGCUGUUUAUUGGAUGGUUGGUAUUCAGGUCCAAGUCAGUUGUCUGUCUUGUUAGGUGCAGUUUAUGCCAAAGGGGAAUAUUUUCAUCAGUCUCUAGUUCUGUGUAUUUUUUUUUUUUUUUUUUAGCAUCUUUCUUUUUGUUUCAUUCCAUGAUGAGUUUUUUUUUUUUUUCUUUUUCUUUUUUUUUAAAUAAGGCGGUUGUAGUGUUUUGUAGUGUGCACAUAAAUUGGUGGUCAUUAUCAUUAAUUAUUUCAUCAGAUUUCCCUUGUGGACAACCAAAUUUUAACAAUAUAUUUUCCUCCCUCCAGUCUUCACGGAGGGUUUCUGUUUUCAUCUGGAAAAGGGACACAUUCACUAUUGUUCAGACAACCUGUUGAAAAUUGUGAACUGUACACUCUGGCGAAGGGGAUUUUUAUAUUUAAAGAAAUAAAAUACAUUUGACCUUG